UAAACUUGAGGCGUAGCGGAGGCCCAGGGAAAAGGAAGUGGUCCCCCGUGGACGAGUAGCCGCAUAUCUGGACAGUUCGCCUAGAUGCCAGUGAGUGUUUCCAGCAGACGAGUUCUUUUCUGUUCAGACGAAUCGUUCGGUGGAAAAAUAACCGCGUGGUGAACCGGAUAAAGGAAGGAGGAUGAAAUGAGAUAAGAGGACGACUGGAGGAGCACAGCCCCUUCACCUCCCCUCUAAAGCAUGGCGGGUCUGCAGCUCAUCACCCCUGCCACAUCACCCAUGGGGCCCUUUUUCGGUCUCCCGUGGCAGCAGGAGGCCAUCCAUGACAACAUCUACACACCCAGGAAAUAUCAGGUAGAACUUCUUGAAGCAGCUCUUGAGCACAACACCAUCGUCUGCUUGAACACUGGCUCAGGGAAGACUUUUAUUGCAGUGCUGCUCACAAAAGAGCUCUCCCAUCAAAUCCGGGGAAGCUACCAAGAAAAUGCCAGAAGGACGGUUUUCCUGGCAAACGCAACCUCGUCUGCGGUCCAGCAAGCAGCUGCAGUCAGGACGCACUCUGACCUCCAUGUGGGGGAGUAUAGUGACCCGCAGGAGGCCACGACGUGGAGCCGCCAGCGCUGGAGUCGGGAGAUCGCAGACAAUCAGGUGCUGGUCAUGACCUGCCAUGUCUUCCUGCACGUUCUGACCAAUCACAUCUUGCCAUUGUCUAAAAUCAACCUAGUUGUGUUUGAUGAUUGUCACCUGGCCAUCACGGAGCACCCGUACUGCGAGGUCAUGAAGCUGUUUGAGGAGCACACGUGUGGCUCUCGCAUCCUCGGCCUCACGGCCUCCAUCCUCAACGGGAAGUGCGACCCGUCUGAACUGGAGCAGAAGAUCCAGAACCUGGAGAGAAUCCUGAAGAGCAGUGCUGAAACGGCCACUGAUCUGGUGGUUCUAGACAGGUAUGCCUGUCAGCCCAGAGAGGUGGUGCUAGACUGUGGGCCAUACAUGGAUAAAAGCGGCCUGUCGUCCCGUCUGCAGGCGGAGCUGGAAGAAGCUCUCCUCUUCCUCAACGACUGUAACAUUUCUGCUUCCAGAGAAGAUCGAGACCCCACAUUCAUAUCCAAGCAGAUCCUGAGCGACUGCCUGGCGGUGCUGCAGGUUCUGGGCCCCUGGUGUGCAGAUAAAGCUGCAGGCAUCAUGGUCAGAGAGCUGCAGAAAUACAUCAAGCACGAGCAGGAGGAGCUCAGCCGCAAAUUCCUGCUCUUCACAGACACUAUCCUACGCAAAGUGCAUGCUCUGUGUGAGGAGCAUUUCUCCCCCGCCUCCCUGGAUCUGAAGUUUGUCACCCCCAAGGUCCUUCGGCUGCUCGAGAUCCUCCACGAGUACAAGCCGUUUGAGAGGCAGCAGUUUGAGAGCGUGGAGUGGUACAACAACCGUAACCAGGACAACUACGUGUCCUGGAGCGACUCGGAAGAUGAAGAUGAAGACGAGGAGGUGGAGGCCAAGGAGAGGCCUGAAACUAACUUUCCCUCACCCUUCACCAACAUCCUGUGUGGGAUCAUCUUUGUGGAGAGACGCUACACCGCUGUGGUCCUCAACCGCCUCAUCAAAGAAGCGGGGAAGCAAGACCCCGAGCUGGCUUACAUCAGCAGCAACUUCAUCACGGGCCACAGCAUCGGCAAAAACCAGGCGCGCAACAAGCAGAUGGAGGUGGAGUUCAGGAAGCAGGAAGAGGUUCUUAGAAAGUUCCGGGCUCAUGAAACCAACCUGCUGAUCGCCACCAGCAUUGUGGAGGAAGGUGUUGAUAUUCCAAAGUGCAACCUGGUGGUGCGGUUUGACCUGCCUACAGAAUACAGGUCUUACGUACAGUCUAAGGGGCGUGCUCGAGCUCCUGUCUCCAACUACAUCAUGCUGGCCGACUCCGAGAGGACCCAAGCCUUCCAGGAGGAUCUCACCACAUACAAGGCCAUAGAGAAGAUCCUUAGGAACAAAUGCUCCAAGUCUGUGGAGGUGGGGGAGUUUGACGGCGAGCAGGUGGUUGACGAUGACAACAUCCUCCCUCCUUAUGUCCUGCGUUCUGAAGAUGGAGGCCCUCGGGUCACCGUCAACACAGCCAUCGGUCACAUCAACAGGUAUUGCGCCCGGUUGCCCAGUGACCCGUUCACGCACCUCGCACCCAAAUGUAAGACUGUUGAGACGGGGAAUGGGCGCUUCCAGUCCACACUUUACCUGCCUAUAAACUCACCUCUGCGAGUUCCCAUUAAGGGUCCUACGAUGCACUGCGCCAGACUGGCAGAGAAAGCCGUCGCUCUCCUUUGCUGUGAGAAACUCCACAAAAUAGGUGAGCUGGAUGACCACCUGAUGCCUGUUGGGAAGGAGACGGUGAAAUACGAGGAAGAGCUGGACCUCCACGAUGAAGAGGAGACCAGUGUUCCAGGACGGCCCGGCUCCACUAAAAGGAGACAGUGCUACCCUAAAGCUAUACCAGAGUGUCUGCGAGACAGCUACGCCGUGCCCGAGCAGACCUACUACCUGUAUGUAAUUGGGAUGGUCCUCACCACACCCCUUCCCGAUGAGCUAAACUUCCGUAGAAGGAAGCUCUACCCUCCGGAGGACACCACCCGGACCUUCGGCAUCCUCACCGCCAAACCUAUACCCCGAAUUCCCCACUUUCCGGUGUACACUCGCUCCGGCGAGGUGACCAUCUCCAUUGAGCUGCAGAAGUCGGGCUUCACGCUCAGUGCCGCUCAGCUGGACCUCAUCACCCGCCUGCACCAGUACAUCUUCUCCCACAUCCUCCGCCUGGAGAAACCUGCACUGGAGUUUAAGCCCACUGUGGCUGACUCGGCUUACUGCGUUCUACCUCUGAAUGUUGUUGGGGACUCCAACACACUAGAUAUGGACUUUAAGUUCAUGGAGGACAUUGAGAAGUCUGAGGCUCGCACUGGCAUUCCUACCACUAAGUACACCAAGCAGAACCCGUUCACAUUCAAGCUGGAGGACUACCAGGACGCUGUCAUCAUUCCGAGAUAUCGUAACUUUGACCAGCCUCAUCGUUUCUACGUCGCUGACGUGUACACAUACCUGACGCCACUCAGCAAGUUUCCUUCACCAGAAUACGAGACCUUCGCUGAGUAUUACAAAACCAAGUACAACCUGGACCUGUCAAAUCUGAACCAGCCUCUCCUGGAUGUAGACCACACCUCCUCCAGACUGAACUUGUUGACUCCCCGGCACCUGAACCAGAAGGGCAAAGCUUUGCCUCUGAGCAGCGCAGAGAAGAGGAAAGCCAAGUGGGAGAGUCUGCAGAACAAGCAGAUCCUUGUUCCGGAGCUGUGUGCCAUCCACCCCAUCCCCGCCUCCCUGUGGAGGAAAGCGGUGUGUCUGCCCAGCAUCCUGUACCGCCUCCACUGUCUGCUGACUGCUGAGGAGCUGAGAGCCCAGACUGCCUGUGAGGCAGGAGUGGGGAUACAGACCCUCCCCCCUGACUUCAGAUAUCCAAACUUGGACUUCGGGUGGAAAAGAUCCAUUGACAACAAAGCUUACAGUUCUUGCUCCGAGUCCUGCAGCGAGGACGGCGUCUGUGUGCAUCAGGAGGCUGGAAGCUCAGAACCUGCCCUCUCAGCGCAUCCCAGCCGCUCCCUUUCCCCCCAGCCGGAGCCACAUUUGGCCCCUGCUCCCAAAAAUGGCUCCUGUGUUCUUAAUCUAACUAAUGGCACCGCUGAGAGUGGCCCCCAAGACGAGCACCUUCACCAACCUGACAGCUGCCAAUGCCAGCUAAGCUCCAGCAGCUCUGGGCUGCAGAGCGCUGAAUCCGAACAAGUGUCUACCUCAGCUCCUGCGCGGGCUCCUUCCAGCUCCAUUUCUCCACAGCCCAGCAGUGAAUGUAUGCCUGCAAGGACCUCGCACCAUACACCUGAAACUACCUCAGGCUGCGAGCUUUCGGCCACAGCUCCCAGAAGCCCUACAGCACCUUCAUCGGACUCAACCAACGAGCACCAGCAGGGCUCCACCGUGGGAGACUCCCCCAAGAACCUGGGGCCCAACCCAGGUCUCAUACUGCAGGCCCUGACUCUGUCCAAUGCCAGUGACGGCUUCAACCUGGAGCGGCUGGAGAUGCUGGGAGAUUCGUUUCUGAAGCAUGCCAUCACCACAUACCUGUUCUGCACCUAUCCUGACGCCCAUGAAGGACGGCUCAGCUACAUGAGGAGCAAGAAGGUGAGCAACUGUAACCUGUACCGUCUGGGCAAGAAGAAAGGGCUGCCAAGCAGGAUGGUGGUGUCCAUUUUUGACCCCCCUGUUAACUGGCUGCCCCCUGGAUAUGUGGUCAACCAGGACAAGAGCAGCACUGACAAAGUGGACUCAGAGUCCAAAGAGGAGCUUCUGACCAAUGGGAGGACUGGGAAUGACUUUGAUGACGAUGACGAUGAGGAUGACACCGCCGAGGAGCUGGACGAGUUGAUGCUGAAAGAAGAGCCAAAAGAUGAAGUGAACAUGGAGGAUGACCUGGAGUACUACAAGGAGCACAUCCGCUUUAUUGAUAACAUGCUGCUGGGAUCGGGCGCCUUCGGUAAGAAGAUCUCUCUGAGCAGCUUCCCCCAUUCGCUCAGCCCGGCCUCGGGCUCCUGCUUGGAAUCCUCGUAUGACUGGAAGGUUCCCAAAAAGCCCUCCCAUCCAGCCCAGUUCCCUAGCGAUCCUGCGCCCACCGGGAUGUCGGCAGAGGAGUUUGACUACAGCUCCUGGGACGCCAUGUGCUACCUGGACCCCAGCAAGGCUGGGGAGGAGGACGAUUUUGUGGUGGGUUUCUGGAACCCGUCUGAAGAAAACUGUGGCACCGAGCUUGGCAAGCAGUCCAUCUCCUAUGACCUGCAUACGGAGCAGUGCAUCGCUGAUAAAAGCAUCGCAGACUGUGUAGAAGCUCUGCUGGGAUGCUACCUGACCAGCUGUGGAGAGAGGGCCGCUCAGAUGUUCCUCUGCUCCCUUGGCCUCAAGGUGUUGCCGUCUGAGCCUGGGACAAGCAGGGCAUCCAAAGCCCCAAGCAGCAGGACGUCGGCUGCAGACCUGAGCUACGGCUGGCUGAAGAUCCCACCCCGCUGCAUGCUGGCCCACCCAGACGCAGAGCGGACGCUUCAGCAUCUCAUCUCCGGCUUUGAAAACUUCGAAAAGAAGAUCAACUACUCCUUCCAGAAUAAGGCCUACCUGCUGCAAGCCUUCACCCAUGCUUCCUACCAUUACAACACCAUCACAGAUUGUUACCAGCGGUUGGAGUUUCUAGGUGAUGCAAUUCUAGACUACCUCAUAACAAAGCACCUUUACGAAGACCCGCGCCAGCACUCGCCCGGCGUGCUGACGGACCUGCGCUCGGCGCUAGUCAACAACACCAUCUUCGCCUCUCUGGCCGUUAAAUACGAUUACCACAAAUAUUUCAAGGCGAUCUCGCCAGAGCUGUUCCACGUCAUCGACGACUUUGUGCAGUUCCAGCUGGAGAAGAACGAGAUGCAGGGCAUGGACUCCGAGCUACGGCGCUCUGAAGAAGACGAGGAGAAGGAAGAGGACAUUGAGGUCCCAAAAGCCAUGGGAGACAUCUUCGAGUCUCUGGCUGGAGCUAUCUACAUGGACAGCGGGAUGUCUCUGGAGACCGUGUGGCAAGUUUACUACCCAAUGAUGAGGCCCCUGAUCGAGAAGUUCUCUGCUAACGUGCCGCGAUCUCCGGUCAGAGAACUGCUGGAGAUGGAGCCGGAAACCGCCAAGUUCAGCCCCGCAGAGCGGACGUACGACGGGAAGGUGCGGGUGACUGUGGAGGUGGUCGGGAAGGGCAAGUUCAAGGGAGUCGGCCGCAGCUACCGGAUCGCCAAGUCUGCGGCGGCACGGCGAGCGCUGCGCAGUCUCAAGGCCAAUCAACCUCAGGUCCAAAACAAUUGAGCUCUGGGUUGAGCUCCCAACAUUAGCACCUAAGCUAUUGACACUAACGGAGGAAGAGUGGCGACCCAACUCAGCACGGCACACGGCGAGUCUGUGUUCCGCAGGGGGGGCGAUGAGGCGUUCAGGGAUCCCUGUGGAAACGGGCGGACUGAUCUCGCAUCACUUCACCUUCUUCUUCUUUUAUGUUUGCGCAGACACAAUCUUUCCUUUCUGCUUUGAGUGCGCUUAGCGAGCAGCUCAGCUGCUCCGCUUGAGGCGCCGCUCCUGCUUGUAGCGUAGUGUUAGGCUGUACAUAGAUGAACCGCGCCGCGCCAUUGUGCCAGUCGGUGUGACGAAACCACGCCAGCAGGCGGCUGCUGGGGCCUCGCCAGCAGACGGCGCCCUCCCUCAUUUUGCACUCAUUCCAAGACAGUCCGUUCUCUCGAGACACAUGAUCACGUCAAUGCCAAAACCAUAAACGUAGCAGAGUAAAUAAAUAUAUAUGAAAGUAUGAAGUGCGCAGAUGGAUAAAAUGGACCUUGGGCACCGAGGCCCUCAAUCAUGACCUGCGAUAGGAAUCUCGACAUUCCCAGUUACUGUAAUUUGAAGUGGAAGCGCAGGUGGUUGCAUGUUGCUGUAGCUUGUGCUCAAACAAGGACGUCUUCUGGAGUCUGCGAGCGUUUGUGGCAUUAUUUUUCUGGUCCGGCGUGUCGGGUAGACACGUUUCCAAUCGUUUCCGCGCCGCGGCGUUCCAACCAAAGUCAUCAUCACUUUGCUCAGAGGCUGAAGUCACUUCCCGAGGAUACCAGCUUCUUCUCUGUGUUCUCAUGAGUGUUGCCUCUCGCUGAAUGUCGUCGGUGCGCCCUCUGUUCACUUGAAUACCUCAGUUAAUUGCAUGCAUUUCUCUCAUCUUUGUUUUUUUUUGGUGCUAUGUUUUGUUUUUUGUAUUAAGCUUGAACUUCUCAUCCUUUUGCACUGUAACUAUGAUACCUCUUUAUUUGUCAUUUGUUUGGUUUUUCCUGUCGCUGUAGAGGAGAACCGCCAUGCAACUCCUAACCCCCGCCCAACCUGACGAGGACACUUGAUGCUUAUGGGGAGGGGGGCAGGAUUAGGAUUUGAUAGGAGCGAAAGGAUCGUCUAAAGCUCCUCCCCCUUUUUGUUGGUCCGCGUGGCGUCUACCUCAAACAUGUUCAGUAUUCAGCGUAGGCGUCUGGAUCUGGGUGCCUUCGUGGGAGAAGUUUGGGAUUCCUCGCUGCGGUUUGUUCAGGCGACUUGUUUCUGACGUUUCCACCUUGACUGGAUUUUCGUCGCUGCUGCAGUUCGGGCAGAACAGCGCCUCUUAGAGCUCAACGGUGGUAAUGCGACUGCCUCUUUUCUCUUUCACUUUGUAGAAACAGUUGAUCGCCUUUAAAUGGAAGAGCUAAUGCAAAGCAGCUCCACCCACACACAAACAGGCUCCGCCUACCUUUAAGUAGUAAAGACUGCAAUCUAUUUUGGUAGACUUAAUGUGUUUUUCUCGUUAAAUAAAUGUUAAAUAUUGAAUUUGGGAAAGACUCAAGUUUAAAUUUGUCUUCAAAAACGUUUGCAUUUCUUAUUCUACAAAUUAGUUGUAAUGCAAGUUUUUUAAACUUAUAAGACUCCUAAUAAAAUGUAAUUUCUGAUGAACACAUUUAAAUUUUACUAAUUAGAUAAAAUUAUGCAGACAGAUUCACAGUGGAGAUAUACUGACAUGUUCCAGUGGAAACCUAAAGGAUGAAUAGCAGCUGUCGCUGAUGACAUUAGUGUUCAUGACGGGUCUUUUGCGUUAAAAUAUAUAUUCAUCGUGGCUAAACUGUAAUUAGAUAUUUAAUCUUGAGUUUUUUUUUUUUUUUAAAGCAUUUUAAAAAUUGUUAUACCGAUUCUAUUUAGAAAAAAAAUGUAGAAGCAUUUAAAAAGGUACACUGUUGGUAUUUUAGAAAUAAAAAUAUUUAUCUCCUUUUAAAAUAUUGAAAAUGAAAGAUAAGCUUAAAGAAGCAAAGUUUUUAUUAGGGAAACGUCAAAAUAAGAUCUGAAAAUACUUUAAAAGACUUCUUUUGCGAAAAUUAAUUUGAUCUUCAUCAUUAAAAUUUUACUAACUAAGAUGUUGGAGCGUACAAGUCUUAUGAAAGCUUUAAUGGAAAUCUCGUCUGAAGCAUAGACUUUAAAAACAAUGGACAGCUCAACCGCUCCCCUCUCCUGUUCCCAAAUAGGAAGUACCCGGUUUUAAGAAGCCAAAAUCCCAUAGACCUCUAUUUUAUUUCUAUUUUAUUUGUCAGAAUGACCAUUUUUCGCUCUGAUACCUUCUACUUAACAUCUUUCUAAUCCAAAUUUUUUGAGAUAUUUUGUCUUUAUUACAAGUUAUUUAAGUUAACUCACCAAUCAGAUGGAGCGACGGCAGGCUGGCGACCUGUCCUUGCUCAGUAUUCGGGACGCGCUCUGGCAGCUCCGCCCCCAGCGGGUUGAGAAAAUGGAUGCAAACGCUCUACCUGUGCACAGUUGUUGGUCACCUGACUCAUUUAAUUUGCAAAAAGUGUUUCCAUUGCAGUUACUCCUUAAAAACCGCCUCCUCCAAGCGAAAAAACCAACUUUUUUCAGUAAAUGCGAUUUGUUUUUUUCGAAGAGGCGAAUUUAUUUUCACAAAUCCAAGUUUUGAUAUUUCAUAGUUAAUGGAAACGCAGCGUUCAAGAGGUAGAGGCGUGGAAAGAGGUGGGGUCUCACUACAAGCUCACUCCUGUUUGGCGACGGUCGUUGCCAUAGAUACGAUGACUCAGAGCGACUUAGACCAAUCACUGUCCACAUGGCGGCGCCCGUAUCAGGAAGCAAUAGUGAGGGGAAUUGGAGUGAUUUUUGCGAGGCAUUUUCUAAGGGUGAUGUCAAACCUCAAUUCGUCUAUUGUUCUUACAGUCUAUGGGUCUGAAGAUGUUAAAAAAAAACACAUACUAAGAACAUAUUAAAGCGUUGUAGGAUAGACACUGGUUCGCUAAAUUACAAAAUUGAAAAAUACCUUUAGACGUCCAGACUGGAACAUCAGGUCGCCUGUGAUCUAUAAAGUUGAACUCGUAGCUGUAGGCAUCUUUUCAUAAAAUCAGAACGCGGCCGACCGUGAAAUGUUUCCAGGAUUUGUUACGGCUACAGCUCUGCCAGGCUGCACAGGUAAAGAAGGUGAAGCCACAGGAAAGGCCACGCCCACUGCGCCUCACCCCGGGCAGGUUUCCUUCCAUAUAGGCUGGGCCGACUUCCUCGUGUAGUCUGCUUUGUCUUUUUGUACAUGUAGCACAAGAAAGCGUUGCAGUCGGGCGCCGUUCUCAGACUCGUGACACGGGCGCUCGCUGACUGUUACAGAAGGGGGAGGGGCUUAUCUGAAGAAACACACUGUAAUAACAGAAUCUGUCACAUGACCGGCGCCAGUGGGUUAAAUCGAAGUCUGAAGCCUCAUCAGAACCCCAUCCCAAAUGGACAGAUCCAUGUUAUCCAGGAAUCUUGAAGGAAAAAUCCACUCCAAUGCAGUUCUGUUCAUCAUGAUGAUUCAAACAUGCAGUCAGAGAAAGGACCUAAGAGCACACUCUGAAAUGCUGCGACUAGCACAUACUAAUGUACCUUCCAUGGCUCAAUGGAUUUGAAUCUGCAUCUUUGCGUCAAGCGUCUGAAACCACACUUCCAGUCAGCAGAAACAUCCGACUGUGUUUUUCUGCACUUUACUGCUGGAGUUUCCCUCAGGCGGAGGCGUCCGACUUUAACAUUUCUGAUACCAUUACUGUGACCUGGUGGUUCAUGCAUCCAAAAAGACAUUCGUCUGAGUUCAACUCCUUGGCUUUCAGCAUCAAAACCACCACACAGUACCCGCUUUAUAUCAACAGGUGGCGCCAUUUCACCCUUAACUUUCCUCAUCAGCUCCAGCAGCUGCUACAAUAAUUUCUUCUUUUACUCUAAAGUAAACGCAUCGACUCCUUCGUUAUCUCAUCUCGCAAUCAAAAUGCUUUCAUAAAAUAUAAUGUAGACAUAAAAUUCUGCAAUUCAGGAAGACAUUUGUAAAUGUUCGCAGAUGACUAUCAGUUCAUCAAACUGCAGCUUUUCUUCUCCGCCGGAGGAGAAGACGGGUCUUUAGGAUCAUUUUUUAUUUGGAUCCAAACUUGAUGGUUCUGUUUCCUCCAAUAUGAAGCCUUCGACUGAUUUAGAAAUAAGCCGUCAAAACAAAAGGUCCCAGCUUGUUUAAACGUUAUAAAAAUGUCAGCAUGAAUUUGAUAGUUCAUCUGCCGGAGUUGUAUUUGGGUGGAUUUUUCCGUGCUGGGCUGAUCAGAGUGGGAGCAGUGGGAACCGAUGGAACGCUGCAGAGUGAUGCUCCGUGGAUCAAGUGCUGAACUCUGGUCAGCGCGGGGAACUUUGGGUCGCCACAACCUGUAAGAACGAUGGAGCAGCAGCUGAACUCCUCCACCUCACUGUAAAUUGCUGCAGUGGUUUGCAGUCUGCACCUUAUGGAUCACCAAUACCUUUAUUAUUAUUAUUUUUUUGUGUGUGUGUGUUUGUUUUCUUGAAACUUUGUGUUUCUAAUUGUAGCUCAGUAUCUGAAUAAAGUGAUAGUCUGGUCCAUUUCAUGUGCUUUUGUGGGAUUGAUCCAGGAUGUUGAGCGAGUUUCAUCCUGUCGGCAGCAUCAGAAUAGUUCAAAGUGGCAGUUUUGUUUUGUAAUCAACACGUUCAUUAAAAACCUGCUUUUCAGUUUGCAGAAACCAUU